UGACGUGAAGUCCUCAUAUUCCCGGGCUUCUUUCUCCUCUGGGUACCAGCUCCUUACUGCCCUGCAGGCGUUCGUGCUUGUGGCCAAGAGAAAGAGGACGUAAAUUCUUUAAAUCCCAGAAGAGAACUCCCUCCUUCCCGCCCCUUCCUUUCUGUCUGCAGGUCUGAGGGUCUGUGUUCACAGACAUCUCCAGGCAAGUAAAAGAGGAGGAAACUAUCCCGAAUCGUCUCAGGGAGAGGAGCACUCAGACGGGGGUCUCUGAGGGAAACCGCAACAGCAUGCAAAAAUCCUGCAAAGAAAAUGAAGGAAAGCCCAAGUGCAGCGUGCCAAAGAGGGAGGAAGAACGCCCCUAUGGAGAAUUCGAACGCCAGCAAACAGAAGGGAAUUUUAGGCAAAGGUUGCUUCAGUCUCUCGAGGAAUUUAAAGAGGACAUAGACUAUAGGCAUUUUAAGGAUGAAGAAAAGACAAGAGAGGGAGACGAGAUGGAAAGGUGUUUGGAAGAGAUAAGGGGUCUGAGAAAGAAAUUUAGGGCUCUGCAUUCUAACCAUAGGCAUUCUCGGGACCGUCCUUAUCCCAUUUAAUGCAUUUCUCCCCUGAAUUCAACUAUUUUCUGUUAUUAAUACUGCAACAUUGGUUCCCUUUGUCUGCGUUUUCUUGCUAAAUAUUUGCUACUAUUUUAUUCCAAUCCUUCAGUGUUCCUUUGAUUUACAUAUGACUCGUUACCAUUUCAUCCUUUAACCCAAUCUCACUCAUUUAAUAGGGUUGUUUCAUUCAUUUGCAUGGGAAGAUGCUCAUUGUAUAUUGUAAAGUGAAAAUAAUAUGUUGCAAAAGGAUAUAUAUAGAUAUGUCUAUCUAUAUAUAUCUUAUAGGUACAUUUAUACAUGUCAUAAUGCAAAAAAAUGUCUGAAUUAUUAUACACCAAAAGGUUAACAGUGAAUCUCUGUGAUCUGUAUUUUAUUUUAUUUUUUGCCUAUCUGCAUCUUCUCAUUUUCCAAAAUAAUGAAUAAUAUAAAUGUG